AUUAGUACUAAGCUCGUUGUCCACGCCCAUCCAGUCUAGUGGGUCGGUGAAAUUCACGUGCUUUCAGCUUCAUACUAGUAUUGCUGGCUCAUCCGGAAGUACCGGUUACGGCGGAUCUAUUGGAAGUAUCAGCAGGGGACUCGUCGAAGACCGCAGUAGCCAGGCCUUUCUUCCCAAGCCACACGAAAUAGUUGUUCUGCAGCCCAGGCACUUACUAUGGAUGAUCCAAACCAAGCUGAAAGCUCCAAGAUUUCCACCUCUUUGGAGCUUGAGCAGAUUGAAGUAAAUCUCUUUCAGUCAAAGACUUUAUUCAAACCCACGAGGGCUCGAGGCGUUUUCGGAGGGCAGGUCAUCUCACAAGCAAUAGUCGCCGCCACCAAUUGUGUCGAUCCCGUGUUCGGGUUACAUUCUUUGCACUGUUACUUUCUUUUGAGCGCAUCACCUGCUAUUCCUAUCAUAUAUUUCGUCGAGCGGCUACGGGAAGGGCGGUCAUACACUACCCGAAGCGUCAAAGCAGUUCAGAAUGGAAAGGUAAUAUUUCAGCUAAUGUGUUCCUACCACAAGCCAGAACCAUGGCAGCCUACACAACAAUGGCCCAUGCCCGAAGUGCCCCCACUUGAGGAGUGCGAGCUUGAGGAGGUGCUGUUCAGACGCCGAGCUACGAGGGAGGACCUUCCUUCGAAAGUUCGGGACAUGCUCUUGUCUUAUGCCCUUGAAAGGGAGAAUGGUCCAAUUGCAGUUAGAAGGGCGGGAUUGACCACCGAGAAUGGCACUCAAACAUCCAUGCAUUGGAUGCAAGCCCGAACAGGUCAAGCGUCACAUUAUGGAACACCUUACCAAAAGUGUAUUCUUGCAUACCUAUCAGACCUCAACUUCAUCACUGUUGCGUCUGAUGCUCUUAAACUCAAGCGGAUGUCAAAUGGCCCUGACGCUCAUGCAAUGACCUCUACACUAGAUCAUUCCAUAUGGUAUUAUGACGACAACUUUUGCUGUGAAGAUGGUUUACUUUACGUGGUCAUUUGUCCUCGAGCUGCAUCCGGUAGAGCAGUGGUUCAUGGCAGGCUGUACUCGCGAGCAGGCAACCUAGUUGCGGUCACUUGUCAAGAGGGCGUGGUGCGGGCUAACGUACGAGGUCCUACCGAAAACAAGGCAAAGCUGUAGAGUACAUGCUAUCUGUUUGAAACUAGCUUGAAGAUACAAUUGGCAUUUGUUAUAUACCCUACACAUCGGACGACGCC